AGAUCAGAGUUUGGGGUAAAGCUGGGCAAACACUGUAGCAGUCUGAAAUUGCAGAUAGCUCUUCCAAAUCUGGGGGCAAAUUGGACCUUCUUCACUGUAGUUGUGGUCUUUUUGUGAUCUCUGAGAUUUAACUCUGUGCCGAAGAAAGAACUCUAGGAAGGAUCUCCUGCAGUAUACUGUAUGUCAAAUGUUGCUGCUGCUGCAUAUACAGCUUUUUCUGCUUCAGUUUCUGUCUCAAAUUCCCUGUGCCAGUACGCUGAUGAAAUGUCCAUUUAAGGUGAUCAUAGAAGAAAACGAGUGUUUCCAUUACUACAAGCCAGGAGACUAUUGGAUUACGGGAAUAAUGUCUGAAAUCAUAGCUCUAUUGUACCCAUUUUCAUUCUCCAAGCCUCCAAUCCACCAACUGAAAAGUGAGAACACCUACCACCACAUUCUUCCCUUCUUGUUGGCUGUUCAUGAAGUCAACCAGAAUUCAAGGCUCUUACCCAACAUCACCCUGGGCUACAACAUGUAUGAGAACUUUUUCAAUGCAAGGAUAACCUAUGAGGCCAUGCUGGAUGUGCUGUCUACAGGACAGGAGAGCAUCCCAAACUACAGAUGUGGAAGAAAAAAGAACCUCCUGGCGAUUCUUGAAGAGAUGGAUUCUGAACUCUUUGAUCAUAUUUCCAAUGUCCUGAGCAUCUAUAAAAUUCCACAGAUCAACUAUAAUGUCAUCAACCAGAUGGCUGAGAAAAAUCAUCAUUUUCCUUUUUCAUAUCGGAUGACCCCAAACCAAGAACCUCCUUACUCAGCAAUCGUCCAGCUACUCCUGCAUUUCCAAUGGACGUGGAUCGGCGUCCUUUCUCAGGACAAUGAAAAAGGAGAAAAAUUCAAAAGACGCUUGGAAGUCCUUGCUCUAAAAAAUGGGAUUUGCAUUGUCCUCUCAGGAACCGUCCCAGAAGCAAAUAUGAAGACAAGUGCUGGAGAAACUCUCAUGCAAGAAAAAAGAAAAAUGUUCCAUUCUCUUAUCAAGAGUCAAAUAAAAAUUAUAGUAUGCCAACUGGAUUUUCAGGCCUCAGGAAUGUUAGCAAUAAUAAUACAAACGAUUGAUAUGACUAAUACAUCCAUUGUGGGAAGGGUGUGGAUUGCAACAACUUUGACAGCUUCAAGUGUAGGUAUUUUUGACCUCUUGGUUGAUCUCCAAAAUAAAUAUGCUUUGUUUUCCUUCCUCAUCCAGACAAAGAGAAGGACUCAGUAUUAUUACAUUAAAUCUUAUGCAUCUAUGUUCUUAUCGUACGGAAAGGAAGCGUUCCAAUGUUCUUAUUCAAGUCCUGUGUUAUCUAAGAAAGUUUGGAAAAAAUGUAGAGAAAAGGAGAAUUGGAAAUUCCCACCCCAUGAUGUGAUUGCAAGAAUCAUGUCUCAGGACUCCUCCAGUAUUUCCCAAAUAAUUCAAAUUGUGGCCUGGGUCCUCAGUGCUGCCUCUUCCUCCCAACGGAGUAAGAGGAGAAUGCAAGUUGGAGACCAUCAACCACCCCAGAUUGUACAGCCAUGGCAGGAACCAAGGACAUUCCCACCAAUGGCCGGAGGGAGGAUGAGUGAAGUCACCAGGCAACCGGAUGACACCUUGAUUGGACCAUGUGACUGAUUGUUUGGAAAGGGGAGGAAAACUUUUACUUUUAAUUAGGUGAAAACUGUGGAAACAUUUAGAGUCAGUUUUCACCAGCCUAUGCCUCUAUGAUAUGUCCAAUAAAACUGAUAUUUGAGGAA